AUGCCUCCUCCUGCUAAGAGCUGUGAUGUGCGUGACAUGGGGGCUUUAACUAGCCCUUUAAAGUUCCUGGAUCAAGACUACCAGAAGCUGCUCCAAGAAUCUCUAAGCAGAAAAGAGUUGUAUACUGAUGAGUUGUUCCCACCAAACAGCUGCUCUAUUGGCAACUUAUCUCAUAAACGAAACAAAAUAGACUACAGUCAAAUCGUAUGGAAGAGGCCAUCUGAACUGGUGACAAACCCAUGUUUUAUUGUAGAUGGAGUAUCCAGGUUUGACUAUAAACAAGGGCAUUUAGGAAACUGCUGGUUUUUGGCAUCAGUUGGGGCUCUAACCUUUCAGAAAGACAUCACAAAGCAAGUCAUUCCAGCUGAACAGUCAUUCAGCAAGAAUUAUGCUGGGAUAUUUCACUUCAAGUUCUGGAGGUUUGGGGAGUGGAUUGAUGUUGUCAUUGAUGAUCUACUACCAACAUUCAAUGAAAAGCUUGUUUUUGUUCAUCCAAAAACAUCGAAUGAGUUUUGGCCUGCCUUGCUAGAGAAAGCUUAUGCCAAGGUUUGUGGAUCUUAUGCAGAUCUAGAUUCUGGCAGAAGAUCCGAGUCUAUGUUAGAUUUCACUGGUGGGGUGCACUUGCACUUUGUGCUGAAUGAAGCUCCUGCUUACCUUUGGAACAUUAUGAAACGUGCAGCCAGGGCACAAUCCCUCAUGUGCUGUGGUACUCAUAAAGGGGAAGCACAUAAACAUUGUCCGUCCAACGGCAUAGUAGGUGGUCAUGCUUACACUGUGACGGGUGUUUCCAAGGUGAUGAGUAACAGUAACCCAGUUAAGCUGGUGAGAGUUUUGAAUCCUUGGGGACGCAAAGAGUGGACUGGAGACUGGAGUGACCAAUCACCUUUGUGGAGCACUGUAAGUGGGACGGAAAGUAAGAAGUGCCAUGAAGUGUUGGACAAUGGAGAGUUCUGGAUGUCAGUGGAGGAUUUCACCAAAUUCUUUAAAAGCCUGGAUAUCUGCUGCCUGUCUGCUGAUUUUCUGGACAGAUCCUCUGGAUGUCAUUGGAAAUCACAACGUUGUAUUGGCGAAUGGACUGAAAAUACAGCUGGUGGUUCCAUACAAACAUUGGAGACUUUCUGCAAAAACCCUCAGUUUCGAGUGAGGAUUGAGGAACUUAAUGAGGCCUGUCCUCAUGAGGAUGCUGAAAACAUAGUGGUUUCUCUCAUCCAGAACAACAAGAAAAGACACAGAAAAGAACAAAAACACUACAAUAUUGGUUUCUAUGUUUUUGAGAUGAAAGGUGAGCAAGUGGAAGGUGGCCAGAGGAAGGUUUUUGAUUGCACAAACCCUGUGGCAGAGUGUUUCGCAUAUCAAAGAGAAGUGAUGAAAUUCUUAAGGCUAGAGCCAGGAGAGUAUCUGAUUGUACCAUGCACUGAGAAUCCUGGUGAAACUGCCUCCUUUGUCCUCUCUGUUUUCUCAAAGCACGAGACAUACUUUGAGUAA